AUGGAAAACUAUUAAACUAAGACAUCAUCUUUGAUAUCUGUGUCAUACCUACAGCUUUAAGACAUGGUUAGCAAGCUUUCAGAGUUAACUGAUUCAUUGAUGCAUACACAUUAACAGGAUUUCGUAACAGCUUAUAAAGAUCACAUGCUCAAAGUUCAAUGUGAAAUGAUUCAUUUAAAGAAGAAGUCUACUGAUUUUUACCAGAAAAUGAAGAGGGAUGAGAGAAUUAGAUUUUUGGAAUCAACAAUUUAGUGGCUCAGAGGGGAGGCCUUAUCCUUAGCUAAGAAUAUAUCAGAUCUAAAAAUAAAAAAUGAUGAAAUGAAAGAAGAGCUUGAUAUUGCGAAGAGUGAUAAAAUCUUCAUGCUACAGUAUACUAAAUCACAAAAGAGAUAUAAUCAAAUCUUAGUUAAAACAAUAGAUAAACUAAAAAGCCCUAAAUAUCAAGAAUAAUACUAGCUCAACUAAUCAAGGCUAAUCUAAAAUGAGCAAGAUUUGACCUCAGUUCAGUCUGCAACAAUAGUCAAUCAUACUAAUUUGCAUAAUCAGUUGAGAGCAUCAAAAGAUUUUGAACUCAAGUCACCUAUAUAAUCAAUAGGGAAAAAGCUGAGUUCAACAUUAUUUGAAAAAAAUAGAUAGGAUGCAAGAGCCUCUACUGCUUACCAGACGGUGCGAAAGUCAUCUCAAAAUAAUGAAUAAUCUACUAUUGAUCCAAGCAUACUUAACAACUCUAAAACCUCUUAAUAUAGAUUUAGAGAUCGAAAUAGGAAGGCAUUUGUAUCAAUGAGUGUCAACUCCGCUCCUUAUUAAACAGUUUUAAGUGAAAGUAAAAAAGAUAACUUUGAAACUGUAAUAGCUAAUUAAAAUUAACUUAAUUAUACUGGUGUAGCAAGUCAAGGCUUAGGCUUUGAAAAUAUAAAGAUUUCUAAUUAACUGAUAAGACAACAAAAAAUCUAAAAUGAAAGAUUGAUAAGUAAACUUCAUGAAGAUGUGAAAUAAAAAGAUGAAAUAAUAAGGGAUUUAAAAGCGAAGUUAAAUGAGCAUAUCGAAACUUAGUGUAAUCAGCAAGACUAGUAAAAUAAUGAUAUCAAGUCUUUGCAUUACUCCUAGAAAUUAGACUUGAAGGACUUCUUCUUGGAAUGUGUUUAAUCAGUCUUAGCUUUCAAUUAGAGAUUUGGCUAAACAUAGUUUACUCCUUUAGAUAGACAUAAUACGAUUUCUGAUCUGAAUGAGAAGCAUCUGAGACACAUGACUCAUAUUGAGAAAAGAGAAGCGAUUUAUAGAUUCCUCAAUAAUAAGAGGGUCUUAAGAGGUCUCUAUGAUUUAAUUUUCCCAAGCGGGUAUUCAACUAACAUGACUUAAUAGCUGGACAGUUCUAUGAAAUUAAUUGGCAGUGAUUUCAUCGAGUCCUUAUCAAAGACCUAAGUCUAACCCACUCCUGUUAGAAGCAGAAAAUCCUCUAUUCAUACCCAGAAUCAUAAUAAGACACAAUCUUUUAUUGAUAAAAUUGAGGAGAGACUUGUAGAGAAGAAAACUUCAAAUGAGUUACCAAUACAUCAGUAGAAACAAGAUAAAAGAAGGAGAAGUUCUAUAAAUAAUUACAAGCUUUUGGAUGAAUACGACUUAAAGUCGGAGGAGCAGUUCUUGAUUAUUGAGCCUAAGAAAAUUGUCUAAACUGCUAAUAACUACCGUUUAAACUCGAUUAAAAAUAAAGACCACGCGAAGAAGACUUACUAAGUUAAGAAUGGAAAAUUAAUGAUAUCAUAAUGA